GUAAGACACAACUAUUCAGUCCCUCACACCAAACCCUCUUGUACGGACCCGAUUUUCUCUCCAAUUCCCAAAACUCUAGUUCACUUUCUCUCUCUCUCUAGCAAUAAUGCCGGUCAAGCGUUCUGGAAUCGGACGGUCUUCGAGCUUCAGCGAGUCUAACCUACUCGACCACGUCUCCCUGCCGAUUGAAUCGUGGGAGAUGCGUACAGCGCCGCCUUCCGCCUCCGUGAAGCCGCCAAACAAUCCGAAUAAGGUUUUGAAGACUUCGGUGGUUGAGAAAGUCGAUCAAUCGCGCCCGAAGAUUCUGACUCUCUCGUCUCCGGUACAGGAGAGUGUUGAUCAGACUGAUACGGAGAUGGUUGGAGGAUUUCUAAAGAAUUGUUACUAUUGCAAGAAGAAGAUUCUUGAAGAUGCUGAAGUUUUCAUGUAUGGGUACUUGCGUGCAUUUUGCACUGCUGAAUGCCGUGAUAUGCAGAUUGCCUUGGAGAAGGCGGCCGAGGAACAGUCUGCAAACCGCAUGAUGGUGGAGGGCCAUAGUGCCAUUUGGCAGAAAGAGACAGGGCCCCGGAAUAAGGUCGCCUGGGGACCCGUACACAAGGUCCCAUGA